UGAUGUACAGAGAACAAAUUUUCAGAAACUGGUCAAUUUGAUUGUGUCCAUAGAUUGUGAUUUGUCAAAUAUCUUGACAACAUCUGUACAAAAGAUCAAAAAUCCUGUGCAAUCGAGGCAACGAUCCACGAAGAUUCUAUAUUCACAGGGUCCAGAUAUCUGUAUUGAUUGCAGAAGAGAAUAGAACGCAGUAGAGAUGCCCUCCUCUGCGGCGAGUGUGUCUUCUAAAUCAUCAGGUUCAAGGAUGACUGUGAGCUCAGUAGGGGCCAACGUGAACCUAUUCGAGGUGACUGCCCAAGAGAGAUCUCCAAAGAAGGACUUCUGUCAACUGGUUGUGAACAAAGAACAGGUGAUCUUCAGACGUUGGAUCAUCUCGCUUCGGGUGGAGGCCACCAGUCUGAGGCCGAUCGAAAACAAGUACAGUCACGAGGACUUCCUCGAAGACGAACAACUACAAGCUGACGUGAGGCGUAUCUUUGGCCCGGAGGCUCUGAACAAGGCUCGCUGUCUGUGCGAGGGGAGGGUGGACUGGGUGGCACACAUGCCUCUCCCGAUUCUGCUCUACGUCAUUUCGUUUCUCGACUUAGUCGAUGUCGCCAAUCUCUCACAGGUGAACUCGUUUUUCCGGGAGACGUGCAGCUCGGAUCUGAUCUGGGAGGAGCUGUUCUUCAGACACAAUGACGACGUCAGUGAGGAGCUGAUAGACUUGGCAAUGGAAAGGGGCUGGAAGGAGGUGUUCUUUGCAAACAAACUUCACCUUAGGGUUCUACUGAAUAGACGGCAACGAGAGAAAUUGCAUGAAAAUGGAGAUGAGAAUUCGAGUAAAGCCAGAUCAUCCGCUGUUUUCACUCGAAGAGCGCACAAGUUUUCGCCUCGACGCAGCAGCACGCCUCGGGUAAACAGGGAAACAAGAGUCAAUGAGGUGGUACGAGAGCCCCUGGGACCGAAUGAGUCAGCUAUAAACGAGAAUUCAUCUCUGAGUUUCAUCGACGAGCAGAACGACGCAAUGGGAAACUGACGACAGAAUUGUGUGCCCCGAAAGGGUGACUGGGUAAAUUGAGUCAGCAAUAUUUUGUUCAAUCCUCCCCCCCCCCCUUUACAAUCCGUCAAUCCGCUUAAUGUAAUAGAGCAAACUACUCAAAAGCAACAGUGUUAGUGGC